AGUGGGAUAUGUUUGCUAGCUGUUAAAUGCUGUUAUAAAGCUCACUGGAAUACAAAACAACAAGCUGUUAUAGACAUUGGGACAUUCAAAAUGGAUACUACAUAUUUAAUAAUACUGGCAAUGAUAUGCAUAUUAACACUUUUAUUUCUUUACAAUGUCUUGUGGGACUGGAAACCACCAAAUUAUCCCCCUGGACCCAAACCUUUACCACUGAUUGGAAAUCUCAACAUUCUGGAUAUAAAGAGACCAUAUUUAACACUAAUGGAGCUGUCUAAACAAUACGGAUCAGUGUUCUCCAUACAGAUGGGAAUGAAUAAAAUGGUAGUUUUGACUGGAUACGAGACCGUUAAGGAUGCUCUGGUGAACCAUGCUGAUGAGUUUGGAGAAAGGCCAGAAUUUCCUAUAUUUCACAAGAUUGAUAAUGGAGCAGGUUUGAUAUUUUCUCGUGGAGAGAACUGGAAAGUUAUGCGUCGGUUUACUCUUACAACCUUAAGGGAUUUUGGAAUGGGAAAAAGCAGCAUAGAAGAGAAAAUCAUAGAUGAAUGUGAUCACUUGGUUCUCCGGUUUCAGUCAUUCAAUGGAAAGUCAAUUGAUAACACUGUGACCAUUAUAUCAGCUAUUGCGAACAUAAUAGUGUCAAUAAUCCUUGGACACAGGAUGGAAUACGAUGACAAAGCAUUUCUGAAACUUAUGAGUCUGACUGUUGAAAACAUAAAGCUAGUAGGAUCUCCGAUGAUUUCGCUAUAUAAUUUAUUUCCCAACUUUGUGGGAUUAUUUCCUGGAAGUCAUAAAACAGUUCACAAAAAUAUAAAAGAACUAAAUGAUUUCAUAACAGAAACAUUUGUAACACAUCUGAAGGAAUUGGAUGUGAAUGACCAAAGGAGUUUCAUAGAUGCAUUCCUUAUACGUCAAAAAGAGGAGGAAAAUAACCCCAAAACAUAUUAUCAUAAUGUAAAUUUGAUGAGUCUUAUAAGAAAUUUAUUUGCGGCUGGAAUGGACACAACAGCCAUGACCCUGCGCUGGGGUCUUCUUCUGAUGCUGAAGCACCCAGACAUUCAAGAAAAAGUCCACGAUGAGAUUUCAAGGGUGAUAGGAUCCACACAACCAAGAUAUGACCACCGUUUGCAAAUGCCAUAUACCAAUGCGGUGAUACAUGAAAUCCAAAGAUUUGCCAAUAUUGUGCCUAUGAAUUUGCCCCAUGAAACUACGAAAGAUGUGAACUUUAAAGGAUAUUUUAUCCCAAAAGGAAUUACUAUUGUCCCAUUACUGUACUCAGUUCUUCGUGAUAAGACUCAGUUUGCCGAACCAGAAAAGUUUAAUCCGAAUCAUUUUCUGGAUGCACGUGGGAGCUUUGUAAAAAAGGAUGCUUUUAUGCCAUUUUCUGCAGGUCGCAGAGUUUGUGCUGGGGAAAAUCUAGCAAGAAUGGAGCUGUUUUUGUUUUUUACAAGUCUUCUACAAAAAUUUAACUUUUGUCUACCUCCUGGCGUUACUGAUGCUGAUCUCACCCCUGCAGUUGGAAUUCUGACACCUCCUUUGCCAUACAAGAUGUGUGCAAUACCACGAGCUUAACUUUAUGAGCUGAAGACAUAGUUAAAACUGUAAUUGUUUUUUUUUUUAAUUUUUACAUAUGUGUCCUGUGGUCUUAAUAAAGGGUCAGUCUAAGUACAUAACACCUUUAGUACACUGUAGAGGUUACGGUGCCAGAGGUCCACUGGCUCUGUCUCAUUGUAAGUAGUCAAUUAGUAGUUUUGACAUUUACCUGGGUCACUUGGGUAGCUGUUCUCCAUCCGAUCGAUUUCUCUUCUACUUUAACUAUCCAAUUAAGUAAAUCCAAAUAGAAGCAAAAUUGAUACUGCUAAGGAGAAAUUGAAACUUCUACUGAUGCAAUAAUACACAAAACCCUAGAGAUUAUUAAAAGAUUGAAAAAAGUCCAACCCCAUGAAUGUUUAAAAGGUUACUUUUACUUAUCUUUUUCUUCACAGCCCUGGUCUUGCUAUAAACACUCUACCUCCCUGGCUGAGAUCAUCAAGAUUUGGCAAAUUAUCAUGCCACACCAAUCAAAUGCUCUCUAGUAGCAGGAUUUAAAUGAAAAAUAAGUUAGUUCUCACAGGGGAAGCACCUCUAGUAGAUGUUAGGAAGAAAGCCACUAGAAGUGUGUUUAGCCCUGCAAUCAUAACAAUACAUGACAAUGUUUUACAUUGCAGGGUUAAAACAAAAGGGCUACGGCACCCAGUCCCCUUCAAUGAGAUGAAGUGAUCUGGUUGCCUUUAGUGGUCUGG